AUGAAAGUCCCAUUUGCAUUCAUUAGUUUAUGCAUUGCUAACGCUUAUGCAUUGACCUUGGCACAACCCGAGGCAACGCCAGAUCCCACUUUGGCUUUGACCACAGAGUCUUCAGAACCUACACAACAUUUGUUUAAACGAAUGAGAGAAGUUAUAAACAACAAAAACUAUGCUCAAAAUCAAGCGAAAAAGACAUCUUCAUCAUCAACUGGACCUCCUCCUGCUCCUUGGUACCGUACUGUUGAUGGCCAGGUUGAGAUUGUGAGGCCAACAGUCAUCGCAGGGGUUACUAUCAGUGCAAAGCCACCAAAGACAACAGAUCCAUUGCAGGAGUGGGUCAGUUUGGAUAAGACAGGUAAACCAAAAACGAUCAAGCCAGAGAUAAAGAAUGGAAGAACCAAAAAAGGACACCCUGAUUAUAGUACAUAUUUUCAAAGUGCCACCACCGUCACAUUCAAUAAAGAACAGCUAAAGGCACACAAUAUGGCAGAGGACGAGAUAUAUACAGAAGUUCAAUACAUUGAGGAAUCUGACUUAGAAAAUCAUUUAUUGAAUCCAAUCAUAAGAUGCACACCUGACCGAUACAAAAAGAAGGGUAUUGCGAAGGACGUAUCGACCGAACCUUUCUGUACUCCAGAGGAUGACGUGAGAUUAGUUAUGGACCAGACUCAUUUCAUAACGUGGUAUUCCAGGUAUUUUAGCCCCAAGGUUAAUAAUGUUAGAAUACAUUUGAGCAAUAUCAAAGUGAAUGCUAAGCAAAAAGGUUGGAAAAAGAGAGAUCUAGAUGAUAUUGAUGAAGAGGAUGUUACUGAUGAUACACCACUACUCGACAAAAGAUCCAAGGUGCUUGAACACGGAGGCCAGAUCAAAGAAGGAUUUUUCGUAUCUGAGUGGGUCAGCAAUGAAGAUGGCUUCUAUCCUUUAACUGUCCUCGAAGAGUGGUUUCCCAAAAAUGUGUUUGAAAAGAAGGUGUUGAUUUCUUUGCAGCCUGAUAACGUACCUGAUGAAGAGUUUGACGUUGCGAAGGCAGACUCGAUAGUGGUGGAGUUUUGGAAAGGAUCAAAAGUUGGCAAGGGCGAGUUUCUUGAUUUGCAGAGACAAGAAGAGAAACAGUUGAACAGAUAUUUAACUGGUAACAACGUUGAAGAAGGGAUCGAUUAUGAAGAGUACUUGAUUAUGAUGACCUUGCCUACUUGUGUUGUGAUUGCAGCUUUCGGUAUGUGGCUCUUUGUUCGAAUCAAUAAAUUUGAUUUUAGUCACUUGAAAAAGAGAAAGUUUGCUAGAGACAAGACAACACACAGGAUGAUUCCUUUUGUUUCCAAAAAGAAAAGAGAUUUUGAGAGCUUGCCUUUAAACAAUUUGGAUGUAGGAGGCACGAAACGAGAUUAA